CCAGGCCCGGGCCGAGGGGAGCCGGAGCCGCCGCCAUGGAGCUGGGGCAGGUGCCGCUGCGCUUCUCCCGCCUGCCCAUGUUCCCCUUCUUCGACGCGGCGCAUUACCUGGCCUCCGUCAUGGCGCUGAAGGAGCAGCGGGGAGCAGUGGAGGUGUCACGCCAGAGCCCGAUUGCAUGUUGGUUUAGUGCUAUGCUUUACUGCUUUGGUGGGUCUGUUCUGUCUUCCUUGAUGCUUGCAGAGCCUCCUGUAGGGUUCCUUGCAAACAGCACUAAUAUCUUCCUGGCAUCUUCAGUCUGGUAUCUUGUAUUUUUUUGUCCACAUGACAUAGUCUACCGAUGCUUUUCCUUUCUGCCUCUUCGACUGAUGAUUGCAGGAAUGAAAGAAGUGACUAGGACUUGGAAAAUAACAGCUGGAGUUGCACAUGCAAACAGCCACUACAAAAAUGCCUGGCUUAUCAUGGUAGCUGUUGGCUGGGCCAGAGGAGCUGGUGGUGGCUUAAUCUCUAACUUCGAGCAGUUGGUGAGAGGUGUUUGGAAACCUGAAAGCAAUGAGCUUCUGAAGAUGUCCUACCCUGUAAAAGUGACUCUGGUAGGUGCAGUACUCUUCACAUUGCAACAUGCCCAGAACCUACCGAUAGCAAGACACAACCUUAUGUUCUUUUAUACCACCUUUCUAGUGGUCACAAAGGUAACCAUGAUGUUGACACAAUCUGCAGUUUCUCCAUUUGCUCCUUUCGAGUCUGUACUGGGCCGUAUGCUCUUUGGUUGGCAACAAACUCCAUCUAAAGUAAAGGGUGAGGCCAGAGUAUCUUCCAACGGAACCUCUUCAGUCUGUGACCGUUCUGCUGGAGAGGCCAGUGAAAGCAUUAAGAAAAGACAGGCAAAGAAAACCGAAUAAGUGGCCAAAAAAAUGAUCUUGUUACAUGUGGCCAUAACACUUUAAAACAUUUCUAUUUCAAAUGAUGGGAAAAAGAAAACAGUAUGUAAGGAAAUACAUGUGACAGACUGGCAGCAGUGAUGAGUUUUGUGUACUUCUGUAAUGUAGUUAGCCUUUAAAGUCUAUUUUGUAAAUUGUUAUUCAGAUGCUGGGAAUGUGUAUCCUGGUAGACGUUUCUAACUUAAAUGGUACUAAAAAAGAGAUUUUAUAGUGAUGAUUUUAUUAAAUGAGAGAUUUAUUGUGAUUUUGUUUUUAUAUUUAUGAAAAACUAACUUUUAAAUGUAAAAAACAAACAAACCCUGAAGUUAGUAACAAAAUGAGACAAUCAGAUUUGACUAUUUUUCCUUUUUCUUUAUCAUUUAUUUUUGCUUAUAUUUUGUUUUGAUUCUUGUUUUUUCAGCUGAAUAAAGUGGAUAGUUAUACACAGUAGCAUAUUCCAAGGUAUGAAAGGCUCUUGUAGUCUUGUUCAAUUGAGCAAUGGAGUUAGAGUAAAAUUUUUACCAAACGUUCACAUUAUGUGAAUAAAAAAUUAACACUGUAAAUAGUUUGCACUGCAAAACUGUGGAAAUGUGCCUUUGUUCUCUAGAAAAAAUCUACAUUACUACUAUAAUUCAUGUUGCACUGAUCUUGAUUCUGCUUAGUCACAAACUAGAGAAUAUUUUUCAUUUUCUACUUUCCAGAAUAAGAGUAAAUUCUCUUGCACUUAAAAAAAAAAAAAAAAAAAAAGAUAUUAUAGUUAGCAAAUAGAAAAUUUUCAGUACCAACAUUUAUCCAGCUAACCCACUUUGAUACUGUCAGCUGAAAACUUUUGAUUUAUAUGUUUGCUCUUCUGUAGACAGUAAAUCAGACAGUAACGUAAUAUUACUGUUAUUAAAUUGCUAAUGUUCAUUUGUAUUGAAGCAUAUGACUUCCAUUUUCAUUUCGCUGUGACUGGAUGUGGUCUAGCAUGGCAUCUUAUCCCAAAUAUCUAACAUCUUCUCCUGCUUUCUAAGGUAGACCGUCAUUGUGAAAGGAACUCAGAGAAUUACAUGUUGCAAGUAAUACCCAUUUUCCCAACCCAAAAUGUUUAUCACCUUAACCUUCUCCUUGAUUGUAGGAUAAAUACAUGUAUUUUACUUCCUCCCACACUCUCGCCUUUCCUGCACUAGUGUUUUUAUUAAAAUCUCCCAUCAUUUUGCUACUACCAGUUAAGCUGUACCAAUGGUAGCAAUAGCACUGGUGCAAAAACUAUGUUCAUACCUCUGUCGUUUAACCCUGUUUAGAUUAGGGUCAUGUGAUGUGGUAAUAAAGAUUCUUGUGCCCUGUCUAUUCCACCACUUAUGCUGGUACUAGCAUUGGUGGAGCAGUUACUUGCUGGUGGUAAUGAGUAAGAGUACUUCUAGUGUAAGAUGCACCAUAAUUGUCCAUCAGCUUUUGCUGAAAUGCCUCUUCCUGUUCCUUGCGUAUGUUGCACACCAGUUUGGUGUAUCAUUUCUAGCAGCUAUUAUCUUAGUGAAAGUCUCUCAAUUUUAGAAGAUGUAAUUUUAGGAGAGGAAGUUUCAGAGAUGUAUUUUGUGAGUGGUAUCUUUCAUUUGGCCUGUCAUUCAUUUUGUCGUCAAAAUUAUUUUCUUUUGUGUUUCUUCUGUCAACAAGCCUAACUCUGAAGCAUUUCUGUAGCUAAAUUUAAACCAGUUAGCUCCAUGUGAAAAUGGCAAGGGGGAGAGAAAAUGUACAUUUCUCCUCAGACUGCAGUUCAACUCUGAAAAAUGAUUGUGGGCAAACAGUUAUCAAAGUAGCUCAGGGGUCAGAUCUAAAAUCUGAAAAUGAAAUUCCAGUUACAAGGUACGUUUCUGAAUUUGAGAAUGAGUUCAGAUAUAUACAAAUGUGGCACCUUAUUCAACAAAGCUUUGCUUUCUGUGUAUUCAUAGUCAGAUAUACUCAUUCUUGUAGCCAAAAUAAUUUUUUUACUGCUUUUUCUUCCUGUUAGUCCCAGCCAACAUAGCUGAGAGAGAAUAAAUAGAUUUAGCAAUGUAUUUGCAGGGUUGGCAGCUAGAAAAAACCUCUUCACCUAUGCACUGGGAACCUCUGAUAUGGAAAUAAAGGGGCAGAUAGAAUUCCAUGAUGCUACUUCAAGUCUUUUAGAUAAGAACCCAACUUUAUAGUAAACCUUAGAUUUUAGGCAGUGUCCAGGUAUCUGGCCAUGUAUUUCAGGUCUCGUUAACUACAACAACAACCUGCUUCAACAUGGAAACAAAUUCAUGUUUGCCCAGCUCAUCAUUGGGCAAAAGUCUUAUGAGUCUAGUGCCUAAAGAACAAAAUAAUGUCAGAUUCUUGCCUUAUAACCUUGGGGCUCAGUUUGUUUUCCAGUAAUAAGUGGUAGAAGUGUUGAAUCGCCUCAUACCAGAAUAUUAAAUACCCAUAUGAUUUUAGGUUAUAAAGGGGUAUUUGGAUGCCAUUAAAAGUAACUACUAGUUACCUGGUUAACAGAGUGCUAAAAAUGAGACACCAGUAACUGCAGUACUUCCUGCACAUGUAAAACUUUCAGGUAACUCGUAAGCCCCUAAGAGGUGUAUUAAGAUUGUGAACAAGUGUUCGAAUACUUCAUAGUACUACCCUUGGUACAUUGGGUUUGAGACGCUUUCCCCUCCCCCCCAGGUAACUAUUGUAUUACUGUGAAAUACUGGCCAAUAUCACUAUUUUUAGCCCAGAUGGCUAUGUGAAAAUGUUUAGAAUUACUUUGUUUACAAUAAUUUGAAGCAGAAAAUGGGGUGUGUUCUAUUCAGCGUGGAUUUAUAAAAAUUACAUUAUUAAUAAAAUAAGUGGAAACA